GCAAUUACGUCAGCCUUCAGAAACUAUAAAUAUCAAAUGUCCGGCAGUAAAGGGACUUGUGAACCUAUCUGAUUUUGUGAGGUUAGAUUGUGUUAGAAUUACAGGAAUUUUGUACAGCAAGUCUGUUUGGAGAAAAAUCUGCUUAAAAAGGGUAAGUGAAAAUGGCCCGUACAAAACAGACAGCGCGUAAAUCCACUGGUGGCAAGGCCCCGAGGAAACAGCUGGCAACCAAGGCAGCCAGGAAGAGUGCGCCAUCUACCGGUGGAGUGAAGAAGCCCCAUCGUUACAGGCCUGGUACUGUGGCUCUGAGAGAGAUCCGGCGGUACCAGAAGUCGACUGAGCUGCUGAUCCGCAAGCUUCCAUUCCAGAGACUGGUGAGGGAGAUUGCCCAGGACUUCAAGACUGACCUGAGGUUCCAGGGUGCUGCCAUUGGGGCCCUUCAGGAGGCUAGUGAGGCAUACCUGGUUGGACUGUUUGAAGAUACCAACUUGUGUGCCAUUCACGCCAAGCGAGUCACCAUCAUGCCCAAAGACAUCCAGCUGGCACGCAGGAUACGAGGGGAAAGGGCUUAGUGUUCUAGAUAUUCUAGUAAAAUGUACUAUAACUACGUUUCAUUUUAUUUCUUAGUGGGCAUUUGUUUUGUGAAGAGAUGUGUAAUUUUAUAACUUAAUGGUAAAUUCAUUCCACAAGUAACUUGGGAUAGAAGUGAAUGCAGCGUUUAUGUGGGACCUAGAGUUGGUAGUGCAGUGUGCUCUGUGGUGCUCUAGAUGAAUAACUGAGCCACUGAAUCACUACUGCUGCCAGCACUGCAGGCUUUAUAAUUGUAACACUCCAAAUCUGAGGUCCAUACUUGCAAUAAUCUUGACUUGAUGGCUCUUUUCAUAAUACAAAACCAGGUCUAAUUGCUCCCCAAUCAUGAGUAUAAUUAGUCAGGUGUCCAAGAAAAAACAGUAAUGUUCACUUCUUGGGUAGCAGGCACCACGAUAGUAAAGUCUGCUUUUUAUAUACUUUUGUACAGUUUGAUGUAAGACAUGGCAGCUACAAUAUACACUAUUUAUGAUGCAUUAUCUUGUUUUAGUGUUUUUUUGUAUUAAAUUACUUUAAGAAAGA